GCAUGGCUUUCAACGUUAGCAGAGAAACUAGUUGGAAGUUGUUCGCAGCUCUCAUUUUGUUGAGUUAUUUAUGCCCAUGUCCACACUGUUAUGCUUUGGCUAUAGUGAAGAAGGUUGAGCCAAGCAUUGCAAGCGGUGAGGCAUCAAAAGAGGGUGUCCUAGCGGGAAGUAUUCUCUUUGGCAGCACCGUGGAUCGUGCCGAGUCAUUAACGGGGCUUCUUGGCUCUUAUCAAGCAGAUGAUGCAGGAACAGCUGGCCUUUUUUUGGCUAAUUCGGGUUGGGGGCAAAUGGAUACUUCCUUAAAAUGUGGUGAGGACCAGAUGCAACUCAAAGCCAUGGGACCUGGAUCCUCUUACUUCAUGCUUGACAUGGGGGGUGAUGCUCCCAUGGUGCCGAACCAGGUUAAACCACAAUGUGGCUACUCCAUGAAAUACAACUCUUUGGGUCUUGUGUUGAUGGUUCCUUACAACGGCUGUCAUAUGACGCAAGAUAAUGGAUUUUAUAUACUGCCAAUGCAGUGGAAGGGGACCCAAGUCAAACUCUGUUGCCCCAUUAGGUCAAGUCCUGAAACUACACUUGCCCAUGUUCAUCCUACAGCACCACCUACCAAAUCUCAUGAAGAAGCCACUCCACAGACGGAUACGUCAAAGCAGCCUACAGUCCACCAGCAGCAAAUCAUGGAUCAUCCUUUGAAUCAAAACCCAAACUACCAUCAAUAUCGUAACUGGAUUCAUAUGAUGCAGAAGCAAACCAUGGCCUUUCCCCCGCAGCAGCACGUGACCGUUCCCUCGCAGCAGGAGGCUAUUCAGCAGCAGCAGCAGCAGCACGUGGCUGUUCCCCCGCAGCAGCACGUUGCUGUUCCCCCGCAACAGGAGGUUGUUCCCCCGCAGCAGCAGGUUGCUGUUCCCCCGCAACAGGAGGCUGUUCAGCAGCAGCAGCAUAUGGCUGUUCCCCCUUGGUAUCAGUGGUUGUGGCAGCAGCACGUGGCUGCCCCCCCGCAGCACGUGGCUGCCCCCCCGCAGCACGUGGCUGCCCCCCCGCAGCAGGAGGCUGUUCCCCCGCAGCACGUGGCUGUUCCCCCGCAGCACGUGGCUGUUCCCCCGCAGCACGUGGCUGUUCCCCCGCAGCACGUGGCUGUUCCCCCGCAACACGUGGCUGUUCCCCCGCGGCACGCUCUGUGA